ACAACACCGUCACCGAAUUGACAUCAUGACGACGACUGAGUUCGGCAUCGUCUACGCCGUCCACAUCAUCACCUCACACUUCGGUUCCGUCGCAUCGAAAGUGUGCGAGUGUCUUCUCCGGAGAGGACCUCUUUCCUCCCGAGAGAUCUCUCGUCUAGCCGAAUCUGACAUCAACCAUUCCAAAGUCAAGGACAUUCUCUACCUCUUGAUUCAGCAUAAUUGCGUUCAAGCUUUCUCUAUUGAACCGCCCGAUGGUUCAGAGAGCAAAGCUACUGUACAGUACAUUGCACUGUUUAGCAACAUUCUUCACCGUGCGAGGUACAACAAGUUUUCCAAGGUUGUAAACGAAGAGCUUGGCUCUCAGUGCAGCGGGGUGCUUGAUGGUUUACUUAGUAACGGUAGGCUUACCUUGGAACAGCUUAUAGAUAGAGACAGAGAUUCAAAAAAACAAAUGGGUUCAGAAGCUAUCAGAGAUUCUCUUCAGAAACUGGUUGCUGCACGUUUUGUUGAGCGCGUUCCUUCUCCCGAACCUGUUCUUGGAAACAAAGAUGAAGGUCCUGCUCAAAAGAAAAGAGGCGCCAAACCUUCCAAGAUCUUUAAAGAACCAGAAAGCUUAGACGAGCGUAUUCUCGAAGCAGCAACUCCAGUUGACGCAAUAAGGUUUCCAUUUAUAUUCGAGCAAGGCUCAAGUUCAACUGUAGCAGAUGACGACAGCAACAUCUCUGAGGGGAAGCGUAAACAACCUGAAGUGGACUACACAUCAGGUCCGAGCAAUGAGGUAAUCUGGCGUCCUAAUUUCGAGGAGCUCAUCCGCCGCCUUAGACAUAAGGCGUGUGUGGAGAUAGUGAAAGAGCGGAGAGAUGAAGGAUGUGCUAAUGUCAUGAAGGCAAUGUUAGAAGUAGGAAGAUCUCAGGAGAAGAAGGCGAAAACCGACAAGUCCGUUCCAAUGUCAAUGGGUUCCAUUUACGAAGAGCUUAUAAAGACAGACGCAGGCCGCGAAAUGACACAAGAGCGAGUUGAAGCAUGCCUUGAGCAAUUGAGUGCAACGUCUUCUUAUCUACCAGCGUUUGUGAUAGAAUCAGAUGGUUCAUACAUAGUUGAUUUUAAAUCCAUUAUCAGCGUAGCACAGAAAGAUGAGAUGGAAUCGGUAGUUAUGAGAAGAUAUGGGAAAGAAGCUUUCAGAAUGUUCAGAUACUUGUCACAAGAAGACCGUUUUGUUGAGACCGAUAAAAUUGCUGAUGCUGCACUGACUGAAAAGAAAGACACGCCACAAAUCCUUUUGAAGAUGUGGAAAGAUGGUUACUUACAUAUGCAGAAAUUGGCGGUGACGGGAGUGUACAUACCGUUCCUAUUGUGGAAGGUAAACAAGCUGAUUGUGUCGAGGCAAAUGUUGGAUGAGAUGUAUCAUGCUUCCUUAAACUUGAGUCUCAGGUUGACCCAUGAGACGGAUUCAGAGAAAGAGUUGUUGUUGCUGCCAAUGGAGAAACUAGAAGGAGCAUUGAAGGAGAGACGGAAUAAGUACAGAGCUAAGAGUGUGUUGCUCACUUCAGCUAGGUUUAAACUUGAUGAUGCUAUUAUGCUUUUCCAUGACUUCUAGAAGAAGACACCAUUUGUAUUUUCCUUUAUUUAAUUUGUUGGUUGUCUGGCUAUGUUUUCCUUUUCAGUCUACAUUAUCCUAUCUUGUAACAGUUUUUUUUUCUUUAAGGUAAUCACAAGUUGGAACUUUAAAUGUGAUUGAUAUUU